UUCCCUGCUUCACAUUAUCCAAAAGUUCACCGAGUGUAACUGAAAAGCCUAAACCAAGACAUGGGUUCUGAUCAUCAUCAAGUGCCCCCAAAGCUUCCAGUCCUAGAUUUCUCAAACAAGGAAACUCUGAAGCCUGGCACCAACUCAUGGCAAUCCGCACGCAAAGAUGUUCAACAAGCACUCGAAGAAUUUGGCUGCUUUGUAGUUUUGUACGACAGAAUCUCUCCGGACUUUCGCAAUUCUCUUUUGGCUACUCUGCAAGAGUUGUUUGAUCUCCCUACCGAAACUAAAAUGACAAACAAAUACGAGGCUAAGCCCUUAAAUGGGUAUGUUGGGCAAAUUCCCAAACUCCCUCUCCAUGAAAGCAUGGGCAUCGACAAUGCAACUUCUCUGGAGGAAACUCAGAGAUUCACAGAGCUCAUGUGGCCUGGUGGAAAUGAUAACUUUUGUGAAAAUGCAUAUUCGUUUGCAAAAGUAGCAGAAGAGUUGGAUAAAAUGGUGACUAGAAUGAUAUUUGAGAGCUAUGGCGUGGAGAAGUGUUAUGACUCUUAUGUUGGGUCCAUCAGUUAUCUUCUUCGACUGUUGAAAAACAAAUUGCCUCGAGAAAACCAACAUAAUCUUGGCUUCGUCCCUCACACUGACAAGAGCUUCACAACCAUACUCUAUCAGAACAAUCAGGUUCAUGCUUUGGAGGUUGAAACAAGAAACCAUGAAUGGUUUAGAGUUGAGUUUCCACCUUCAUCCUUUGUAGUCAUGGCGGGUGAUGCACUAAUGGCAUGGAGUAAUGACAGAAUAUUUUCUCCGAACCACCGAGUUGUAAUGAGCACUGGGAAUGAAAACGAAGCAAGAUACUCUAUGGCACAAUUUGCAUUUAGCAAUGGCGAGAUACGAGUGCCUGAUGAGCUUGUUGAUGACGAACACCCCUUACGCUACAAGCCUUUUGAUCAUCCCGGGUUACUGCGUUUCUUUCGUACUGCUGAAGACAACUCGAACUCUGCUAUAAAAGCCUAUUGUGGUGUUUGAAAACCUUGUGUAUAGCACUCUAAUAAGUUAUGUGUGCUUGUUUCAAGCUUGCUGGUUUGUUUUGACAUGGGUUGUCUGAAUGUACUAAUAUCGUCAUUGCUGUGUGGCUUUGUUCCUGCUAUAUAUGUUAUCUUCUUAUCGAUGAAAUAAACGAAAAGAACGAAUUAAAAUGUU